GAUGAGAUCACAGGGGGGUUGAGCUGCUUUGGCUGCUGAUGUGGAGCUGGAGCUGCUGUGCGGGGAGAGAUGCUGUUUAUAUGAACACCGGCCCCUCAUUGCCUUCAGAUGCUGCAGGGGGGCAGCCAGUGCCGGGGGCUCCCGUCGUCUCUAUAGGGUGUGGGGGCACCAUGGUGCAACAGGGCUGCGCCGAGAGGCUCCCAGAGAGGAGAACCUAAAGCACCCACCUCCCUGCACCCUGCACCCACCGGCCCCUUCCAUGGAUAUCGGGGUACCGAGAGGAUGAGAGCCUUGCUGGGGUAGGCACCCCACUUCCACAACCCCCCGUAUCUACUUCUCCCCCCUGGCCCGGGCGCUCCCUGCCUUCUAGAGGAUGCAGCUGACUAAAUACCCAAUGUCUGCACGGGGUCUGAACAGGUUCACUUCUUGUCUGCGGCUCCUUCCUACUGAGGCGCAACCUCGGCUUUUGGGGAACGAUGACUUCUAAGCACCAGUCAGACUGGAUCCCUUACAGUGUUUUAGAUGAUGAGAGCAGCAGUUUGCGGCAACAGAAGCUCGACAGGCAGCGGGCAUUAUUGGAACAGAAACAGAAGAAGAAGCGCCAGGAGCCUCUCAUGGUCCAAUCAAACGUAGACAGUCGGGCGCGCGGGCGCAGGAUGAAGCAGUCGGAGGAACAAGCGCCCCUAGUGGAAUCCUAUAACAGCAGCAACAGCAGCACAAUCUACCAUGUGCAGGAGGCGGAGCAAGAUGACGCACAGGUAGUAGCAGAAACGCAAGCUCCGAGGCCAAAUAAAAAUAUCAAGGCUGCCGGGAGUGCAGGGUGCCCAACGGGCAGCGCCAGGAAGGAGAAAAAGGCAAAGCAGAAAGGCAUCGAUGGUCCGGCCGCUUUUCAAGAUGAAGCUUCGAGCCCCGGGAGCCAAGUCCAGAUUCUGACGGUGGGGCAGUCGGGCCAUGAAGAGGAGGCUACGGAGACCGCGGCCAGUGGCCAACAGCAGGGCAAACAGGACCUGCGGAUCACCAUGCAGAAAAAGGGGAUAUCGAGCAGCAUGAACUUUGAUGAGGAGGAGGAUGAAGAAGAUGAAGACAGUUCAAGUUCUUCUCAGCUGAACAGCAGCACUCGGCCCGGGUCGGCCACGAGCAAGAAAUCCAGUAAGGAGACAGUGUCGGCUCCCAGCCCCCCCUCCAAUGAACCCUCCAUCGAUGUAGAAGACCUGGAGGAAUUCUCUAUGCGGCCGGCCCCACAGGGAGUGACGAUCAAAUGCAGAAUCACGAGGGACAAGAAGGGGAUGGACAGAGGGAUGUACCCCACUUAUUACCUCCAUCUGGAACGGGAGGACGGCAAAAAGGUUUUCCUAUUGGCCGGCAGGAAGCGAAAGAAAAGCAAAACUUCCAAUUACCUCAUUUCCAUUGACCCGACGGACCUUUCCCGCGGGGGGGAGAGCUUUAUUGGCAAACUCAGAUCAAACCUGAUGGGCACAAAGUUUACCGUUUACGAUAACGGGGUGAAUCCGGGCAAAACCACCUCGAGUUUGGAGGCCAGUAACCUGCGCCAGGAGCUCGCCGCCAUCUGCUACGAGACAAACGUCUUAGGGUUCAAAGGGCCCCGGAAGAUGAGUGUGAUUAUUCCCGGGCUAAUGAAUAGGACCAUAAAAGCCCCUGCAAUUUUUCCAUUUUAUCUAUUUCUUUCCUCCCUUUUCCCUUGGCAGGAACACGAGACGCUGCUCUCUCGGUGGCAGAACAAGAACACGGAGAGCGUCAUCGAGCUGCACAACAAGACCCCCGUGUGGAACGACGACACCCAAUCGUACGUGCUGAACUUCCACGGGCGGGUCACGCAGGCGUCCGUCAAGAAUUUCCAAAUCAUACACGACAAUGACCCGGAUUAUAUCGUGAUGCAGUUCGGCCGCGUGGCGGAGGAUGUGUUUACAAUGGACUAUAACUACCCCAUGUGUGCGUUACAAGCAUUCGCCAUAGCCCUGUCCAGCUUCGAUAGCAAACUGGCCUGCGAGUGAGGGCACGGACCCAGCCAAUCACCAAGAACAUUUUGUUUUGGGGUGUGGGGGGGGGCGGGGUUCUUAUUCAGUCAAGCCCCGCCCCUUACUUUCUAUGUUCUUCGCCAUGUUCUUUUUUUCCCCCCCUCCAAUGAACCAAUCCCUCGCUGUGGGCGGAGACUGCACUUUCACCCACACGUGGUGGGGAUUCCGCUUCUUUCUGCAAAGGUGGAAAUUGCAAUUUUAUUUUUGUAAUUAUUUUUAUGGAGGGGGGGGGGCGGGGAAGAGAUGUUUUCAAGACUCUGAAGCGGGUUGGACCCCCAGGGGGCGCUGUUACUGAUCCCAUUAACCUUAGUGUUUCUUUUGUACCCAAGUGCAUGAACUGUUUUGCCUUCUCACCCAGCGAAUAUGAACCAAUGGGGCGGCCAAUCCUUAGUGCUGACAGAUUGGGGGUCGACUAAACUAAAAUGCUGAGCAAAAGCACAAGGCGCCUUCGUGUUUCUGUGCCGGGAUUCACUUUAUGGCACUUUUGUGGUCGGAAGGAUCUGCCCUUUUCGGCGAAUCCGUCACCCCCAUUUUUUUUUUCUAUCUCAUAUUGUAGUUAUUAACCCCCACCAGUCAUUGCAGAUAUUGUGGUCCACGUACUGUAUCCUAAUUUUUAGCUGUAACUAAACCCAUGGUUAACCCUUCGGUAUGGGGGGGGAGGGGCCUCGUCCGACAUUGUGAGGCUUAUUCCCUUCCCCUCGUUCUUUUUUUUUUUUAAUGAUAAAGUGUCUUUCACAUCUGUGCGAGGGUGAUGGGUAUCUUAGAACCGUUCUGUAUAUUAAAUUUGUCUGGACUUGAGUGUCUA